GUUUACAAGAGUUAGCGCUAAGGUCAUUCUUCGGCGUGGUUCGUUUGAAGUGUUAUAGAUCCAAUGCUGAUGCAGACGCUGAAAACCUUACGAUACUUAGCCAUCUAGACAUGUGCAGAUGUAAUAAUAAAACGAGUCUUGUUGGAUGUCAGAAGUUUUUCAGCUGGUUUCCAGUUGUAUUUAUUCUCUUAGUUGUUGGAUGGUCAUAUUAUGCUUAUGUAUAUUCGUUGUGUAUAGUCCAGGUCAGCUCUGUGGCAGCUAAAGGUAAUUUCUAUUGGAUAAAAUUCAUUUCAGUGUGUUUCCUGAUAUUCUUCCAUUUGAUUCUCUUGCUGUUCUGUUGGUCGUAUGUAAAGGCCAUAGUGACUCCUCCCAUAAGACCCCCAAAACAGUUCCUCUUAACAAGCACUGAAUGGGAGAGCUUGAAUGCUGCAUUUGGGAUGGAGACUGAUAGAAAUGCAAUAUUAGAGACAGUCGUAUCCAACCGUAAUCUUCCGGUUUAUCUUGCUGGCCCAGACGGGAAAAUUCGUGUAUGCAAUAUAUGUGCAUUAAUUAAACCUGAUCGUGCGCACCACUGUUCUGCUUGUGGAGUAUGUUUAUUGAAAAUGGAUCAUCAUUGCCCAUGGACCAAUAAUUGUAUUGGAUUUCAUAACCACAAAUAUUUUAUUGUCUUUUUAUCUUGGGGUGUGAUAUACUGUUUUUACAUUGUUUGUACGUCAGCAUCAUAUUUUGCAGAAUUUUGGACGUCUGUGAACAAUUUUUCAGUUGAUCGAUUUCAAGUUCUGUUCCUAUUUAUUAUGGCUAUUAUGUUCGGUAUUUGUCAACUUGGUUUAUGUGCGUAUCAUUUGUAUCUGGUUGGAAUUAAUCAAUCAACUUUAGAAACGUUCCAUUAUCCAAGACUACGUGGAGGACAACCAGAUAAAAAUUUAUUCAACUUGGGGAUAAAAGAAAAUUUCCGGGAAACAUUUGGUUCACGUUUUGUCUUAUCUAUGCUUCCUAUAUUCACUACCCCUGGAGAUGGUGUUAAUUGGCGUUAUCGACCCAAUCAUUCUGUACAGAAUAAUAAUUUGGAAGCUGGUAAUACAAACUCGCCUAUGCUUUUAACGACAAAGGUACCCUGACAGUAAUUGGGAGAUGAUGCAGAAAACACAAUGACAAACAGUAACUCGGUUAAUACUGCUGUGCCACACUCCCACCUAAUCUGUUUUCCUUGUAAACUUUAUUUACAGGAGUAUGUUGAAUAAUCUUUUAUGCGUGUCUGAUAUUUAUAUCUGGAUACUUUUGUAGUUCUGGAUUGCUGUUUUUAGAAAAAAGUUUCAACCGCGUUCAUGAGAGAAGUCAAAUUUUCACCGAAAUCUGUAAAUCUUUUAUUACGCCUUUACCUACCUACUCAUGUCUUUCUCUUCUCUGUUGAUUUAUGUUUUCUGAUACUUUAUUCUUACGGAUCAGCUGAAUUGGCUUCUGAAGAAGAAACUGAAGGACGAGGUAAUUUUAUCCUUCACAAUGAAUGUCGAUAUAACACGCUUUUAGCAUUUUGAGUUCAAACUCUGUUGUGAUUGAUUGUUAUUCUAGACACUUCUGAACUAAGUACUAGAGAAAUAUUUUCCCGUUUAACUUCCUUUUACUCUUCUGCUGAUGCAAUAUGUUGUGAGGAAAUCAUUGUCCACUCCAGCUUCUGUUGGUACACAUCGUCUUUUAACGGCAAAAUCGUGGGAAGAUCAUUUUUUUACCCAUUAUAUACGAGGCUUUUAUGUUUUAUCUAUCAGCUUAUUACUUAGUGUAAAAUACUUAAAUAUAUAUGCAUAUAUGUCACUACUUCCUAAAAGAAUUUUUUAUGGCUAUAUUGGCGUGAUUUUUUUCCUUGUUCAUCAGUGAAUUUAAUGCACUAAACAUCCGUCGAAAUUUGGCCUUUCUUAUAACUGUACUACCGGCAACUAGUAAGGAUGUAGGUCGCUUAUUUCAUCCUGUUUCAAAAUGCAAUCCUGACCUAUUUUCAUAUUAAUUUUAUGCUUUAGCUCAAGCUAGUCAGUAGAAAAACGUUACAAAAUAUAAUUCCAUAUUAGAUUUGUCUUGGUUUAUGACACGCAGUGGUAUACUUUUAUUUACUUGAUGGAGUUUGAACAUGAAUUAUUGCUCAUAAUCAUAUCAAUCACACUGAUAUGAUAUGAACAGUAAUUUAUGCUCGAAACGUCAUCAAGUAGAUAAUACUGUAUCACUGUAUGUUAUAAAUCAAACAAAGAAAUUAAAUAUGGAAUUACAUUGUACUACAGUGCCCAAGUUUUACACUUACGUUACGAGAUGUAACUACUUUUUCUUCAUAGUUGAGUGCGAAAAGUUCCUGAAACGGUAGAUACUAGCGAGGAGUGAAAGUCUUGUCUAUAACACUGAAAUCAACGCUAACGGAUUCAUCUCAAAGUUCUGAAGUCGACUUAAAAACUUAUACUGGACUGUAAUGCGGAUUACGUCAACAUGGAACCUCGCAUAGAAGUGCAUCGGUUCACGCUCCCACACCACAACAAUUGAAGAGUAAAAGAGUGACAUCAAAGUAGACAAUGGUGUAUGGAAGGAGGAGGAAUAUGAGAAUUAAAGGUUAGUGAAAAUACCCAAGGUUUAGAAGACAUCAAUGAGUCAAUAAAUCUGUUCCACUGUAUAUGGUUUUCAGCUAUGUCACCAAAAGUCUGAAACCAUUGAUUCCUACGGUCUCUGGGACCAGGCCAGGCAGUUCGCACCUCCAUACAUGGCUCAAACCAGUAGUCAUAGACUUCAUCAACUGGUGUGACGUCAUGGUUCGGCCACCUCAAGUCUUCUUACAGUCAAAUACUACUUUGGUCAACACAGCAUAUUGAGGUGGACGGUGGCUCGGCAUUCUCAACAUAUGUCCAAGCCACCUCAUUCAGUGAAAGUUCACAACCUCAACUGACUUUCCUGUCUUGUCUACUACCCUUUGUCUAAUCUCUACAUUACGUACACAUUGAUUCCACUGUGCGGGAGUGAUGCUGGGAAGAUACCUGUUUCAAAAAAACUGUAAUUCCUUGAUAUAUAAUUUCAGUGCUUGUGUCAUUGCUGUAUAACUGGACAGAAUGGAUUGCAGCUCACUUCACUCUUCUUUUAACAGGUAGUUGAAUACCUCACCGAUGCCAAAGAUGACGCAAGUUGACUAGUGUCGAACAGGUCAUCUGCAUCCGACCUGAGAUUCCAUCAGUAACCAGUCCAUUUGGGCUAAUACAACUCCCCAAUUAAGUGAAGUGGUCGACGCAUUCUACCAUUUCGUUCACCGUCGUUAAACUGGGAGUAUUUGCAAACCAGUUAUCGAGAUUGUGUUAAAAGCAUAGCAAGUCCUUAUCUGCAAUCUCAAAGUAUUAUUGUUAUAAUAUUGUAACCUUUUGGUUCGAUUAAAUCUACACCUAUAUGUUUUAUCCGUAUUCAGUACGAAUCAAAGUCACAAUCAUGAAUGUUCCUAAUGUAUCCCUCUUUUAUCCUCAUAAUAGACGUUCUGAUUAUACCCCCUACAUUUCAAAAGCCUUGUACAUUUUUCACAUAUUUUGUGGGUUAGCAGUCUACUUUCGUUUAUUUUCCCAGUCGUUUGGUGUGAAAUAGGUCUAAAGUCAACUCUCACGUAG